AUGGCAACUAGUCUGACACACUUCCCCUUUGAGAGAAUUGCUGGGACCAUGGCUCCGGAUGACAAUAGCAUCUUCGGUCUCGCUCAGUCAGCCAUUCUACGAGGCUCAAGCGUAUCUAUAUCUGUCGCCUUUCUGGCCCUAGCUGUCUUCGUUUCACCUACAAAACUCUUCAGUUGUGCGAUUCUGGCCCUGUGCCUGCAACUCUUCUUUCCUGUGAGUUGCGGGGGACAGCAUGGGUCAAUCCUCCAAUCGACCGGACUCGCGAGGGUUCAAGUCGUGCUUGAGCGCUUACUCCAGAAACUCCUGCGAAAGAGUUUGCAACAUCUAGUGAAGUGCCUAUUUCGACUCGCUGAGCUAGUUCGCGAAGAUCCCAACCCCAAGGAGGGAUUUGGGAAACGAUCAAAGCCUUCGCCAAAGCAGUUGUAUACCACAGAACAACGCCUACAGUUGACGUCUUCUAGACCACUCAAGGCCCAACGAGGGACUCGUGGUCAACGUUCCUCUCGCGCAUCGUCGUACGAGUUCAAGCAGGCGAAAUAUGGUGUUGAACAUUACCUGUUGGGUCGGAGAGCGGCUCGAGGGGAUCAUUAUGGUCAACUACCACUAGAGCCACAAGACAUACCAAGACCGCUACUCGAACGACGAUCACCCCCCUCCGUCCAAGGUUUGAGAAGUCUCAUCAGUCAGUCAUCUCAUAGGUCUCCUGAAGGAGACAGUCCUCCGCGCCCACUGCAUCCUAGUCAGCCUUAUCGCGCUCUCUUGCCCGCCCCGCCCGAAGCGCCACGGGGCCCCUCAAUUACAACGCCACCAAAAGGCGAUUUUACACAAGUUGUGUCACCCCGAGCUGCGGCCCAGCCUUUCUCCUCCUCAGCUGUCUAUACCUCACCACAAGUCCAAGGGCGCUCGAACCGAUUGACGGCCAGUCCCAAGCAUCAAGGGAAUCCAGUUCAACAUAGCCUUCUUGUCGUCGAUGCCUCUGAGUACAAGCCGCCUCAGCGAGCCCAGCCGGGUCCCACGUUAAAGGGCACUUCGGCCUCUCUCGACAUCAAUGGACACCUUCCAGACACGGCAGCAUUGCCUCAACUGGCCGCCGGGCCAGACGGAAUCACCUAUUGUGUUGGAGAAACUUCUAGAAAGAGAGCAAGAGGGAACCAGAGCUCGUCGCGCUCUCAAGGCAACGCCAGUGAGCGGGACACUAAUGGGAAUGGAGGCUCUUCGAUCCCCCCUUCGGGAGAUGAUCCUGAGUCUGCCAAUGAAGAGCGGAAUCCCAACCAAAACAAGAAGAGAGCGUCUGAGAGCAAAGAGACAGGGCCACACUUCCGCUGUCCGAGGUAUUGUGCCAAUCCUCGGGAGUAUGGCGAUCCAAAGUGUAAACACUGGCGUGGUCGUAGCAUUCAUGAUGUGACUCGACAUGCACUCAAAGAUGCGGCGGGAGAUGCGGCCAAGCGGGAAAAGCUACAGGAGUAUAUGAGGCUCUCUCCACGGGAACGCUGGGAACGAUACGUGGAAAUAUUCAGUGACGGGACCGAGACUGACCAAAUCAACGAUCCAUACUGGCCCGAUGUCGAUGCAGAAGACCUGGUGACUAAUUUCCUGAGCGGCAUCACGGAUCAAAUGAGACGCAAUAUAGAUGCCGUUGGGGGGUUGGGAAAAAUCCAGCAAUUCAACGAAUUGUUGAUGGAGAAGAAGUUAAGAGAUGAGCGCAUCCGAUUCCAAUAUCAGGUUGAGAAGACCGCUGCGAUGGAGCGAAAAUAUCAGGCGCUACAAGCCUCCCGACGGGAACUCGCUGGCGGCAUCGAAGCGCUCCUUGGUGGCGGAACUUCAGAAACAGCACUCAAUCCGACGGCCCUUGUGGAGAGGCAGAACAAGAACGACUUGGUUGGGCUCGCGCCGCCAAUUAACCCGCCGAUACAACGAUCACACAGUGGACAAGGCUCAGAAGUCGAUAUGAGCAGAUUGGAUUGCACUGUGCCGAUGGCGCAGACUCAGGCAAUGGGAGUCUCAAAUAACGCGAUGCCAGCGAUAUACCAACAAAACUAUUAUUCUCCCUCACAACAACGUGCUAAUAAGGUCAUCACAAUUGCAGAAGACGCCAUGGACGGUACUGGAAACCCCAAUAUGGCUAACGCCUGCCCACCCAACAUGGCACUCAAUCCUCCGCCACCUACAUCAAACGCCUUUUCCAGCCCCGAAGUCGGUUACUUUUUGUCGCCAAAUCUAUACCAGCCCAUGAGUUCAGCCAGCUCUGCUCAGAACCAUUCGCACAGUCACAGCGGCAAUUAUGGCGUCACAUCGAGCUGGGGUACCUCUUCGUUUGACCCAGGUUACGGUCCUUUGCCUCCACAGCCGCGCAACGGCAAUGAAGGUGGCGUGUAUGGUUAUGGAGGUGGCUACCACCCUAUGGGACAGUAG